AUCGCCGGCCAGUUGUCACAAAGUCGCAAGAGCUGGUGGACGUGUCUAUCGAUAUCGAUAAAGUCGUAGUUUGUUCUGUCAUUACCAAAUCGUAUAAAUAUGUAGUGUAGUGAUGGUUGACGGUAGUGAAACAUGAAUAGAAUAUUCGAUUAUUUAUUAUUAACGAAAAUGGACGUCUGGAUAUUUCAAUGUCUCGUAUGGGUCAGUUUGGUGUUAAAUUUGUCCCACGGCUACCGAGGCCUGUACGACCAGGAAGACUACAAUGUCCACAAACAACGAGAUAUUUCCACCCGAAGAUCAGAUCUCAAUACAGAAGUCCGUCAAGGCUAUGAAAGGGAGUAUUCUGAAGAAAGACCAGCCCAUAGUGAGAGAUCUAUACCUUACGACUUCAAUGUACAAAGAGUACAAGAUAGGAGAACAGAUGAUGUCAGGAGGAAUGUUAAUUCAACACUGAAAAUAGUCAAUAAUUUUCCGAAACCACAGUCGGUCUCAACCAGAAUUAGAGUUCAUGGACACCAAGACGCGAAGCCCACAAAGUCGAGCGGGGCGGUAGUGUUCCCUGGACCGACGACCAGGAGUAGCUCCUACGAGCCACAGAUCACCAACCAAGAGUGCCUGCAGACGGGCAUUUGUGAAGAUGUCCCUAACUACCCCCAGGAGAGAGUCGACGAGAUCGUGGAUAAGCUAAAAGCUUCGAGUUACAGAUUCAACGUGGACAGGCUGGUCACACCAGAGAUCGCGCAGAGGAUAGGCCCCAACGACGAGAUGUUAGACUUGUGCAAAUCCAGGGAAACUGUGGUAUCUCCUAAAGCUGUUCGUGACGUCAGUAACAAAUGGUACAAUGUUAUAAAUGGAAAAGAUCGGGCUAUACAAAGUUUUCGAGUCGAAAUUUGCACACCGGAAUCGGCUCCCUGUUCGGAUCUCAUAUACGUCGUGUCGUCAGCAUACAACAAGACAUGUGUCCAGAAGUACCAAUACAGACAGAUGGUGGUGCUCAAUGACGAUGGAAAUUACGUGGAGAAAGAGUUCAAAAUACCAUCGUGUUGCGCUUGCGCAGUUUAUGCCGUAGCGCAGUUCGGAAAUCGAUGAAUGUAUUUUCCUUGUGUUGAUGGAAACACUUUUUUGCCAUAUACAUAGGGUCAGUUGCACCUGUUAACUUUGACGUUAACCUUAACCUGCUUAGACAAAACGGCGUUCUUUGCGUUUUUCUACACCGGUCAUAGUUAACGUCAAAUUUGACUGGCGUAACCUACUCUUAUGGAAUGUACUUUACAAAAUGACAUGUAGACCGCAGCGUUAUGCUACAAACUAUGCUAUAAGCAAAUUAACUUUUUAUCUACUUAGUUAUUAAAAAAUAAAUAUCUUAAGGUA